AUGGGCUUUUUACCCUCUCUUCCUCACUCUCUCUCUCUCUCUCUCUUUCUUUGUGUUAUUUCUUUCUUUCUUUCUUUCUUUCUUCAAUACCUGAUUAUCGCAUCUUUCUUUCUUUAUCUCUCUCUCUCUUUUACUAGCAUAAAGUAUUUCUUUCUUUCGUUCUUUCUUUCUUUCUUUCUUUCUUUCUUUCUUAUACUUUUGAUUGUUUACUUUUUCCUUCUUCCUUUCUUUCUUUUUCUUUAUUCAUUUCUUUCUUUUCUUUCUUUCUUUUUUCCCGACUAUUAUUUCUUAUUCCCUUUCUUUCUUUCCCUCUUUCUUUCCUUCUUUCUUUCUUUCUUUCUUUCUUUCUUUCUUUCUUUCUUUCUUUCUUUCGACUACCCACUUCUUUUUUUCUUACCUGAUUAUCGUAGCUUUCUUUCUUCCCCCUCUCUCUCUCUCUUUUACUACCAUAAAGUAUUUAUUUCUUUUUUUUUCUUUCUUUCCUACCUUCUUUCCUUAUGCUACAAUCACUACUUUCUUUCUUUCUUUCUUUUUUCCUUUCUUUCUUACUCGACUAAAGAAGAAAACAAAGAGUGGUGUAAGUAUUUCUUCCUCCUUUAUGUUACUAUCACUUCUUUCUUACACCACUCUUUCUUUCUUUCUUUCUUUCUUUCUUUCUUUCUUUCUAUCUAUCUUUAUAUCUUUCUUUCUUUCGCCCAGACUUUCUUUUAUCUUUUUGCAAGCACUUUAAUGUCCCCUUUACGAUUUGACAUUGACAAACCUUAA